UCCAACUAGAACAGCAAACAGCAGCAGUACAUCCCUAGCAAGAUGCGCGCCUUCAUCGUCCUGUGCCUCGUGGCAGUCGCCUGCGCCGACAAGCUCGGCUACAACUACAAGCCCGUGGGCCACUCCAGCUCCGGCCUGUCCUUCGCUCCUGGCAGCGGCAGCAGCGGCUCCCUGAGCCUGGGAGGCGGCGGCGGUUCCCUUGGUCUGGGAGGCGGCAGCGGCUCCCUGGGCCUGGGUGGCGGCAGCAACUUCGGCAGCCUGGACAGCGGUCUGGGUGGCGGUCUGGGUGGCGGUCUGGGCGGUGGCUCCAUCGAUUUGGGAUCCUCUGGACUUGGAUCCUCUGGACUGGGAUCCUCUGGUCUUGGCUCUGCUGGUCUCGGCUCCGCUGGACUGAGCGCCCCCGUCUCCUACCAAGCCCCCGCUGCCACUGGUGAGCUCGAGAAGGAGUUCUUCACUUUCACCGCCAACGAGGAGGACUUCGACCAGCCCCAGGAACUCGAGCGCGUUGCCAGCUCCGUGAACAAGGGUCUGCGCGUCGUCUUCAUCAAGGGACCCGAGAACCGUGGCCUGGAGAACGCUGCCCUGGCCCUGGCCAAGCAGGCUGCCCAGCAGGAGACCGCCAUCUAUGUCCUGAACAAGCAGACCGACAUCGGAGAUCUGGCCAGCAAGCUGAACGCCAUCCGCAGCAACAACAACAACAAGCCCGAGGUGCACUUCGUCAAGUACCGCACUCCUGAGGAUGCUGCCAAUGCCCAGCGCGCCAUCCAGUCGCAGUACGACCAGCUGGGAGGCUCCAGCCAGGCCAUCAACGGUGGUGUUGCCAACGCCCUGAACUUCGCCUCCGCCGGACCCGUGCGCCAGGCUCAGGCCCAGAUCCCCGAGAACUCGUACCUGCCCUCGUCGGUGCUGCGUCGUCUGCGUUUCCGUCGCCGCUAAGCUGAGUGCCAUAGCUCCUAUAGCUUCUAUGGCUCCCACAGCCACAACCCCACUGCCAUAUGACAUUUGUUGACUUUUGUGUUAUCUAUUGAUUUGUCGAACGA